AUGACUACUGCGGCUAGACCUACUUUUGAUCCAGCUAGGGGUGGCCAGGGUCGCGGUGAAAAGGAUUUGAGUGCAAUAUCUCGGCAAUAUUCUAGUAGGGAUCUUCCUGGUCACACUAAAUUAAAAUACAGAGAACAAGGCCAAGGAACUACUGAUGAGCUACGUUCAAGAGAUUUUCGUAAGGAGCUUGAUGAAAGGGAAAAAGAAGUUAAACCUACAGGUGCAAGAAGACCUAAUGAACCACCUGUUAAACGUUUAAAAAUAGAUCAAGUUCCAGCAGCUAGUUUAGACGCUGAUGAUCCUCUAGAAGGUGAUUCAUCAGCUUCAGAAGAUUCUGAUGAUGACACUGCUGCAUUAUUAGCCGAAUUAAAUAAAAUUAAAAAAGAAAGAGCAAUUGAACAGGCGAAGAAGGAAGCUGAAAAGAAACAAGAAGAGGAAAGAAUAAGGAUGGAAAAUAUAUUGUCUGGUAAUCCACUUCUGAAUUACUCAUCAGCAGGACAAAAAAGCGACUUAAAGGUCAAACGACGUUGGGACGAUGAUGUGGUAUUUAAGAAUUGUGCACGCUCUGAACCUGAAAAGAAAGCAAAUACUUUUAUCAAUGAUUCCUUAAGAUCAGAGUUUCACAAGAAGUUUAUGGAAAAAUAUGUUAAA